AUGGCGUCCACAAAAGUCGAAGAACAAAUGGUGAUAUCCUGGUCUUGGUUUGAAAAGUGGGGUCAACACCAGCGGUCAAAAUUCAUGGAUUAUUUAGUGACAAAGGUUGUUCCACAGCAAGUAUGCUCAUUAUAUGAUGCAAUGGAGACUCUCAAUUUAGAAAACAAUAGUCAAGACGUGUUUCAGUGUCAGCUAAGGAUGUUGGACAAGUGGUUUAGGACCUGGACAGAUGUGGACAAAAACCGGUUUGUGGAUGGACUAGAGGAAAGGGAUUAUCAGAUGACACAGUAUUUUCAUGAGAAAGUAGAACAGACUGCACAAGAACCAUGA